AUCAGCCAAUCAAAAAAAUUGACACAAAAAAUUCGCGGGAUUUCUUUCAUCAAAACAAUAACAUGUGUAUCAACAAACUGAUCAACAAAAACAUUAUAAAGUAAAUAGGAAUUAUAACUACACGUAACAUGUCGCGGUCUUCGAAAGAACAAGAAAUUCCAGAAACUAUAGAAACCAUAGUUACAGUUGACACCAGUUUUGAGAAUUUGAGCAACAAACUGAAGUUGAGUAAAGAUGUUCGGAAUAAAGCUUGGGACUACUGGCAGAUAGUUGAGCAAGUAACUGCUGAUUUAAAGAAAAUAUCAAAGUCUGACUUAUUGGCAUGCUGCAUUUAUCAGGCAGUAAUUGAUACAAGAAUGCCAUAUGGUCCUACAGAUCCACAGUUACAAUGUGGUUACAUUGGACAACCAGAAGUUACAAUCACAGAUCUGUUGGUGUCCUCAGAGAAGACAGUUACAUCACUGUUCCAAUCCAUGAACGUUCUGAGAGAUGUCAUCAGUAUCAGUGACGCUGUAAAGUACCACCUGACACAACUGGAGAGGAAGUUUUGUAUUGUAUCUGGUAUCUUCCAUACUUUUGAAAGAGUAUGUAAGACUGUGUUUAGAGAAGAGGAAGGCAGAGACAUGAAAGAGCUAUCAGUACCAGAUUUUAAAGAAAGAAAGAGUUUGUGUUGGGUUCUGUUCCUGUUAACAAAAGGUGCCCUUUUAACAGAUGAUUUGUUAGUAGAUGCUUUCUUCCUAUUGAUAUGUUGUGUAGAAUACAUUAUUAGAUCAACACCAGGAUUUCAGCUUAAUCCACCUUUAGAUAACAUGAAAAUUACAUCAAUGGAAAAUGCAGACAUUCAGGAAGUUACUAUGUUGCAGAAAUUAUCAGAACUAUUUGGCUUGAGUUUUGAAGAGGUAUUAACAGUACAGGUUAACAGAACAGAAGCUUAUUUUGGAACAUUGCCCCAUAUUGAUGGAGAACUUAAUGUGACAUCACUGAUGGAGAAAUAUAGCACGGCUUACAGACAGGAAGGAGAUAUUGAUGAAAUGAUGUUUCUUACCAGGGAUCCUCAUAUUCUACCACAGGAACAAAAUGGGCUGGAGACAACAUCACUAACAAACAAUAAUGAGACUUCAAUGACACCUGUCAGAUUUUUAGUGGAACAACUAUCUUCACUUUCUUUGACUAAGUCAGUUAUUGAUACUGAUGUGAGAGCAGUUCUUGACAACAUACAAGAAUUAAAGAAUAUACUGACGAAUGCUGGAGAUGAACCAAGUCAAGUUCUCAAUGAAUACUUCCAGAAUUGUUCAGCGAAUCCAUAUUCUUCCAUACUUAAUCGCACUGAGAAGAUGAAAGAUGUGUUUAUACGAGAGUAUGUUAGUUUAACCAAUGAUAAUCACAGACCAGUGGCUAUUCAGAGAUACAUGUUAGCACAGAGGUUGUACUAUAGGGUCAUGGAAGCCAUGUUAAACUAUGAAAAAGAAAGACUAUCACAAACAGACUUCAGCAAGCUACUUAAUAUUGAAAAUUUUCAUCGGAGUCUCUUGGCAUGUUCCAUAGAAAUAGUGCUUAUGACAUAUGGAAGAUCUUGGAAUCCUUCAACCAAGAAAAUGGGAUCUGAUGACUCCAAAUUUUCCUUUCCCUGGAUUUUAGAGCUGUUUAAAUUACAUCCCUAUGAUUUCUACAAGGUGUUGGAGAGUUUCAUCAAAGCAGAACCUGUAUUGACAACAGAUAUUAUAAAGCAUCUUCAAAGUACAGAAAUAAAAAUUCUAGAGUGCUUAGCAUGGAAACCUGAUUCACCACUAUUUAGCCUGUUAGAGAGUACAGAAGUUACUACAGUCUCCAUGAUUUCUCCAUCUCCAAUACCUUUAGAAAGAACUUCUUCAGCAGAAUUAUAUUUGUCUCCCAUGAGGACUCCUAAUCGUAGAGGUGUAUCGCCAUGUCCACCAUCACCAAGGAAACCACUGCCUUCCCCUAGGAAAUCACUGCAGUCACCCAGGAAGUUUGGGGAUAGCAGUCCAGAGAAGUCUAUGCCAAAGAAAUCUCAGUCAUUGAACCUGUUUAUAAACAAAGUUUGUAGAUUAGGUUAUCACAGAUUACAGCAGCUUUGUACCAGUUUACAAAUUCCCAAAGAUCUGCAACAUAAAAUAUGGACCUGUUUAGAGUAUUGUAUAUCAAGAAAACCAUUGCUGUUGAAAAACAGACAUUUAGACCAGAUUCUUUUGUGUUCUGUGUAUGGUAUAUGUAAAGUAGUAGACAGAGAAAUAAAAUUCAAAAUUAUUGUCCAGAUGUACAGAGAAUUACCUCAUGCUGAACUUAAAGUUUAUAAAAAUGCUUUAAUAGAAGGAUGUGAGUACGACUCGAUCAUUGGUUUCUACAACAAAGUCUUCAUGCAAAACAUGAAAUCCUUCAUUUUACAGUUCCAAGCAUCGAAAGUAAAUACCCCAGCAUUAUCCCCAGUGCCAGUACCAAUGUCAUCACCAUUAGCUUCACCUGUAUUUAGUCUUCCAAACAGAAAACAUUUUUAUAUUUCCCCGCUGAAGGAUUCUCCAUUCAAGGCGCCAUCUUCGCCUAGUCAGAUGACUCCUAGAUCCAGACAGCUGUACAGUUUUGGUGAAGGUGUUGGUUCUGGAGAAAAGUUGCAAAAGAUCAAUGAGAUAGUAUAUAAAGCCAAAGGAACGACACCAAAGAGUCAUAAAAGACUUAGAUUUGAACAACUGCCUGAUGAUAGUGCUCUAAAUGGCUUAAAUGAAGUUCCUGAUCCUAUUGUUAUAAAGAAGUCAAAAUUGUCAUCCAAAGUUUUGCCGUUUAGUACAUAUGAAGGAAAGGACAAAUCAAGUAAAGAACAGAGUUGAGGAAUACUUGAUAUUAUUUAUAAAAAAGAUGAUCUCAAUUUUAAUGUUGCAAUAUAGUUUUAUACAUUUGGACUUCACUUAGAAUUUACAGUACAGAAAAAUUUAUGUGAUUUCAAGUGGAAAUAUAGACGGGCAUUAUGUUAGGAUGACUUCUCUGGUUAAAAAUAGAGGAACCCCUUUAGUAACAAUGAUGACUUGACUGUGAAAUCUACGAAUUAGCUUUAAAUGAGCGAAGGAAUGACUUUUCUUUUUAUAAAAUACUAAACACAUGCUAAUGAGCUUAAACUGUAACUUUGAAUGAGUUAAGGGAGGACUUAUUUGAGAGACUACGAUAAAACAUGCGAAGGAUGAUUGGUGCUCUGUAAAAAUCUAUAUUCUAAAUUGUAUCUGCUGAUUCUUAAUAAUUUUUUGCAAUUGUAAUCAUGAACUGAUAUUGACUUUUGUUAGCAAACUAAAUGCAUUUUUAAAAUGAUGUUAAUAUUGAAAUACAUAUAAAGUUAAAGGAAGUAAAGAUUGAAGAUAUUUAGAUGUAUCUAUAUAUAUAGCUACUGAACUAUUUUAAGCUCUAGAUAGCAAAGGCUGUUCCAGAAAUUAAUGAAAGGAGUUUCCAGAGAUACAUUUUGAUGAAUGUGAAUUUACCCUUUAUAUAGUAUC